CUACGAGUGAGCCAUCAGUUCAUUGAGUGUUGUGUUGAAUGCGAUCGCAGUUCACGUCAAUUGACAUCACUUUUGGUGAUUGUAUUGAGUCUUCACGCGAUUAUCACUUCCAGUACACCAUUCGUGACGUGUGGGCCACACGAGUGGACACCUAUUGCUCGACAUAUCCUUAGAUCCAAUCACCAUCUGUGAGCACACACUUGGAUGACUGGCACGACAUGAGUGACCACUCCAUCACCGAGAAGACCGGUUACGAGGCCUCUGAUAUCAUCGAAGACGCCCUCCAGUUGGCCGUCGAUGAAGAGCUCAAGGAUGAGGACAUCAUCAGCGAAUCAAGUCAUUCAUCAAAGGUAAAUAUGAAAACAUCACAAAAUGAGGUAAAAUGUAAGAACUAUAGCGAAGACUCGGCUCCCGAACAGAAGCCAUCACUGCUAUCACCGCCGCGACCGGAAACGGCUGCAGUAGUGGUGUCCCUCACGAGUGACGACAAGAUAUCUAUGGACGCGUCCAAACUCAAGAGUACGACCACCGAUGACUCGUCACUGAUUGUCCAUUUGGACGACACUCACAGUGAUAUGGAUGGCGAUCUCGAGGGCGCCAACAGUUGCGAUAUUAAUGACAGCAGAGAUACCAAUGAAAAGAAAUCAAUCCGUAAAUCGAUUAACGAAUCGAACAAUAGUUCCGAUUCUAAGAGUGAGUCCAAUGAGAACAAGAACUCCACUGAAGAGUUGAAUAACUCAUCCAAAGAUUCAAACAAAUUAUCGGAAAAGGAAUCGUCGAAAUCCAAGAGAGUACUAAAUAUCAAAUGCAAUGCAAUACUAGACGCCAGCGCUUCCCAAAAGGCACAGACAGCUAACGGUCGCAAUAUAUGGGUUAGUGGUCUGCCUCAGGACACUAAAGCCUCUGAAUUGCAAAAC